GAGGAACACAACACUGUCCCUUCGACAAAACAAUUUUGAGUCUCUCUAUUCUCUAUUCUCUCUCCUCUCCGCCUCUCUUUCUCUCUCUCUCUAUCUCCGUCGUCGCAAGAGUGCAUCAUCUUUAACGCCGGCACCUUCCCGCUGCUCUCUUCUACCAAUUCUCUCUUAGAUCUUCUCAUGCGUCUUCUUCUUAUAUCUUAAUCCUUCGUCGUACAAGCUCGCCGGAUUGAGUUUUCGUCUUCCAUGGCUAUUCCUCUCGGGAAGCUCACCAUCCUCAUCGGUGCAGGUCUUGUUGGGUCAGUACUUGCUAAAGAAGGGAGUUUACCAGAUGUCUCGAGUUUUGUCUCCGGUGCUCUUAAGAUGGUAUUUAGGCAGCUGAAGCAAGAAGAACCUGCCAAAUCAGCCAGCAAGCCCCGCAAUGAUACACUAAUGGCCCAGGUUAACAGUCUUAGGCAUGAAUUGAGCUUGCUUUCUUCAAACAGACCUAUCACUAUUGUUACCACAGCAGGAUCAGGUGGUAAAAAGUAUGGUUACAUCAUUAUAAUUGGGGUGAUAGGCUACGGAUAUGUAUGGUGGAAGGGCUGGAAACUUCCGGAUCUUAUGUUUGCAACAAGGCGCAGCUUAUCAGAUGCAUGUAAUAGUGUUGGCAGCCAGAUCGAUGGUUUUUACACAUCACUCUCGGGUACCAAAAAAGAGUUAAGUUCAAAAAUUGACGGGAUGGGUCGUAGUUUGGAUGCUAAUACAGAAAUUAUUCAAGAUACAGGACGAGAGGUGAUGGAACUACAAAGAGGUACGGAAAAUAUUAAGGAUGACGUUAAGUUUGUUUUCGAUGCUGUUGAAAAUCUGGCAAGCAAAGUCUAUCGUAUUGAGGGAAAUCAGGAUAUUACACUUAAAGGAGUCGGGGCGCUGCAUGCUCAGGUUCGGGAGAACAAAAGAAUUCAAGAGUCCAAUAAGGCUUUACCAUCAACUUCAGCAGUGCCAGCCCUUGAGGCAGCUCCUAUGACACCAUCGUCAAGGACUUUGUCUUUGCCUCCUGCUUCUCCCCGUGAAUCUCAGUCGCCUUCAACUUCUAAUGGAGCUCAACAGUCACGUGGUCCACUUCAGCACACUCAAUCUAUGUCUGGUUUGAAGGAGAUAAGCGAAAAUGGAACACAUUCUGGAGAAACUACGGGAAACACGAGUUCUGGCCUGUUUAGUAUUUUCUCAAUACCAAGAAUAGGGAGGACUCGAAGUGUGGUCAACACAGUGCCUACUAACUCCAUUGGACCCCAAUAGUCGUCUGUCAAUACUGAAGAGAGAGUUUGAUCAUUCAAAUGAUCAGCAAGCCAGAGAUGGUUAAGUGCUAGUAGAGGAUUUGAAUAGAUCAUGCUGCGUCUAUGCUUGAUCCCUUGCUUAGUGUAGACAAUGUGAUAAAUGGUGCAUAAUUUUUGUAGGGAUGCAGCUUAUAUUUAAUUGGAUUAUAUGUCACAAUUAAUCAGUAUGUUGCUCUGCCCUUUCGUAAUUCAGUUUAUACAGAGAGGUCGACGAUGGUUUUGUAUGGCCGUCUCUACUUUUCCUUCUUUUUUUUGUAUUGAAUAAAAGGCUGGUCCAUUUGGCUAUGACAUUAUCAUCUCAUCUUCUUUUCUUUUUUUUUUUUAGAAACAUCAUCUCAUCUUUUAUUAAGUUAAAUGUGAGAGUUAUGAUGUGAUUAUGCUUUAAAACAAG